GCCAGCUAGGAAGGAAGCGCCAGCUCAGCUUUCUUUACACUCUUUUAGGGUUCUAGCCGCUAUUUGAAAAUGUGUGGCAGUUGCGUUCUAGGGCUCUCAAAUGUGGAGGAAGGCGUCAUGGCGCGCGCUGUGGAGGAGGGAUUUCUCGCAGUUUGCGCCAGGCUACACUCUCAUCACUCCAAAAUCUCUGAAUUCCAUUCUCAAGGUGGAGAGUGUCAAGAACAAAUCGGCGGAUGAGGUCACUUUCAUCUGGAAUCAGUAUCACAUUGGCCGAGGGCAUGUAAGUGCCGUGAUGAGCACCGAUUUUUUCAAGAGAUUCCAGGAGCGCGCCAGAGAAUGUCCCAACUUUGUGCUGCCGCUAAGAAAGCCCAAAGGCUACAUCAGCUUCUUCCUCCAAGCUCAGAUGCCAUUCCUCCUCCUCACUUCGCUCGAAGACUACAAGCUUAAAGGCUCCAACGCUGCUCCAUAUCUCACCAUAGCUCACUACACCGACUUUGCGGACUCCAAAGGCAUCGUUCUAGUUCGCGGCGACAUUGUCUUCCCCAGCCAGCUUAGCGACGACGAGGGAAAUUCACUGCUGAAAUACGCCCAUUCUUUCUACAUUCGUGACGAUCGAUACCUCCUCGUCAAGGCAUUCACGCACAACAGCGAAGAUUUCAAUUUCAAGGACGUGGUGAGAGAGCUGGAUUACGACUACGUGUAGCGCGUCGUCCUAACUUGGACCUUUAAAAAUUUAACCGACACCCCUUUUAUUGCUA